UGGAGCCGAGGAGGAGCUGAAAAUGCAGAUUUAGCCUCAAGCACAGACAUACACUCGCUCUUUCUCUCAGAUACACACAGCUCCCCCCCCCCCCAUUCGCACCUCUGCCAGAGAGCCUGAUUACACGGCUUCCCCGCCAGACAGAUGCUGGAGAAGAGCACACAUUGAUUUGCUGCUUUCCGAGCCCCUAGUCAGUCUUUUUCCCAACACAAAGAUUUUUUUUAAACAAACAAAAAAACUAUCUAUCUAUCUAUCUAUAUAUAUAUAUAUAUUUUUUGCACCUUUCCUCCGAGUCCCCCGCUCCACAAGCUUGCGCGCCUCCUAGCACCACUUUUCACUCCCAGAGAAAGAUGAAAGGUGGCUGUGUCUCCCAGUGGAAGGCGGCCGCCGGGCUCCUCUUCUGUGUCAUGGUUUUUGCAUCUGCCAAGAGACCGGUCUUCACGAAUCAUUUUCUUGUGGAGUUGCAUAAAGGAGGAGAGGAAGAAGCUCGCCAAGUUGCAGCAGAACACGGCUUUGGAGUCCGAAAGCUUCCCUUCACUGAAGGCCUGUACCACUUUUAUCACAAUGGCCUUGCAAAGGCCAAGAGAAGACGCAGCCUACAUCACAAGCAGCAGCUGGAGAGAGACCCCAGGGUAAAGAUGGCCUUGCAGCAAGAAGGAUUUGACAGAAAGAAACGGGGGUAUAGAGACAUCAACGAGAUCGAUAUCAACAUGAAUGAUCCUCUUUUUACAAAGCAGUGGUAUCUGAUCAAUACUGGACAAGCUGAUGGCACUCCUGGCCUUGAUUUGAAUGUGGCAGAAGCCUGGGAGCUGGGAUACACAGGGAAAGGUGUUACCAUUGGAAUUAUGGAUGAUGGGAUUGAUUAUCUGCACCCGGACCUGGCCUCGAACUAUAAUGCCGAGGCAAGCUAUGACUUCAGCGGCAAUGACCCCUAUCCUUACCCUCGAUACACAGAUGACUGGUUCAACAGCCACGGGACCCGAUGUGCAGGAGAGGUUUCUGCCGCAGCCAACAACAAUAUCUGUGGGGUCGGAGUGGCGUACAACUCCAAGGUAGCAGGUAUCCGGAUGCUGGACCAGCCGUUCAUGACGGACAUCAUCGAGGCCUCGUCCAUCAGCCACAUGCCUCAGCUGAUCGACAUCUACAGUGCCAGCUGGGGCCCGACUGACAAUGGGAAGACCGUGGACGGCCCCCGUGAGCUCACACUUCAGGCCAUGGCUGAUGGUGUCAACAAGGGCCGAGGCGGCAAAGGCAGCAUCUACGUGUGGGCCUCCGGGGAUGGUGGCAGCUACGACGACUGCAACUGUGACGGCUACGCCUCCAGCAUGUGGACCAUCUCCAUCAACUCGGCCAUCAAUGACGGCAGGACCGCCCUGUAUGACGAGAGCUGUUCCUCCACCUUGGCCUCCACCUUUAGCAACGGCAGAAAGAGGAACCCCGAGGCUGGCGUGGCGACUACAGAUUUGUAUGGCAACUGCACCCUGAGGCAUUCUGGGACAUCCGCAGCUGCACCUGAGGCAGCUGGAGUGUUUGCACUGGCUUUAGAGGCUAACCUGGGUCUGACCUGGAGAGACAUGCAGCAUCUGACUGUGCUCACCUCCAAACGGAAUCAGCUUCACGAUGAGGUCCAUCAAUGGCGGAGGAAUGGGGUUGGCCUGGAGUUUAAUCACCUCUUUGGCUACGGGGUCCUUGAUGCGGGCGCCAUGGUGAAAAUGGCUAAAGACUGGAAAACUGUGCCUGAGAGAUUCCACUGUGUGGGAGGCUCCGUGCAGGAUCCUGAGAAAAUACCAUCCACUGGCAAGUUGGUGCUGAGCCUCACCACCGAUGCAUGUGAGGGGAAAGAAAAUUUCGUCCGCUACCUUGAGCACGUCCAAGCUGUCAUCACAGUCAAUGCCACCAGGAGAGGAGACCUGAACAUCAACAUGACUUCCCCGAUGGGCACCAAGUCCAUCUUGCUGAGCCGGCGUCCAAGGGAUGACGACUCCAAGGUGGGCUUUGACAAGUGGCCUUUCAUGACCACGCACACGUGGGGAGAGGACGCCCGAGGAACCUGGACCCUGGAGCUGGGGUUUGUCGGGAGCACGCCCCAGAAGGGGGUGCUGAAGGAGUGGACACUGAUGCUGCAUGGCACGCAGAGUGCCCCUUACAUCGACCAGGUUGUGCGGGAUUACCAGUCCAAGCUGGCCAUGUCCAAGAAGGAGGAGUUGGAGGAGGAGCUGGACGAAGCUGUGGAGAGAAGCCUGAAAAGCAUCCUUCAUAAGAACUAGAGCCGCAGCCGGGCCUCGACUGCCUCCCUCCCUCCCCCAUCUCUGCCUCUCUGUCCUCGGUCCACACUCUGUCAGGAACCUAGCAAUUACUGUCACUCUCUCAUAAGCGAUUUCAAUCUCUCGAUCUGAAGCUUCACUCACUGUCAAUGAUUUUUUGUUGUCACAAUGGACGCAAUCUUUUUACUUCUGUGCCCCAAAUACAGUGUUCCCACCAAAACCUCUGUCCUAUUUGUGACUCUAAAGUUCUUUAUUUGUGUCAUUCGAAUAGGCGAUAGCCAGCAAACAAAACUGGGACAGCUUUCCCCUCCAUUUUGUUCCUAUCUGAGAAGAGAAUGCAUUUAAAAAGCCACAUGCAGUGACUCCAAGAGCAUUUAUUCGUGGUCUCAGCUGAGGACCUGCUACAUAAAAAGGGAAAGAUAAUAACAGAAGGUAAGCUCUGAAUUUCUAAAGCACAAAAGAUGCUAUAGGUCCUUUGGGGGAAAAUGUUUGGAACUUAGCAAGAUUUUUCAGUGACGUAGAUGAAGGUAGGGUGAUGUACAAUUCGCCAUCCAUGACAGCCCUAAUCACUGGCUGGGGAAGAGAGGGUCAAAAAGCAUGACGGCUGGAAAUCGUUCCACCAACACCAACAGCAUAACUUGUCCUACUCAGCCAGUGUGAUCCAUGUAAAACCUCAGUAGCGUGGCUGUCCUUUUCACCAGCUGCUCUUCUGUCAUGUAGAAUCUGCUAGAGAAGCCCAAAUCAUUCUGUGUGUAUAGAAUUCAUCCCAGCCCCAAUUUUCUGGGGUUCCUCACAUAGCUAUCCAAAAGAAAAAAAGGCAAGAGAAAUCUGGCAACACGCCUAGGAAAGAAUAUCUCGGUGGCUUAGAACACAGGAACGUUCCUCUUCCUCAAUCACUUUGGAGCUUCUGAAUCUGAUGUGAGUAGUGAGAUGAGUAUUUUGGGUGCACAUACACUUGGGCUUUGAUCUCUAAAACAUAUGGUUGUGGUUCUUUGAUGUGUUGGGGAAAUGGCCUCCAUUCUGGAAGAGGUGUGUGAAAGGUGAAGGGGAUGUGUCUGAGGAUGCAGACCGUCAUUUGUGUGGAGCCUCUUCUGCCAACGGGGGGACAUGCUGACCCGUCCCCUAGCAACGGGGGGCUGAAGGAAGCAAGAGAAGACCUCCAUAGGGAAAGCACACAGUUACCAUCUUGACAACUGAGCAACCCCUGAAGAUGUUUAACAGGCAACCCAAAGGUGACACACUCCUCCCCCUGCCGACCCCACAAGACACAGCACCAUUUCAUUACCAAAUAGAAAUGCUUUCUAUUGGACCCGUCAUCGCUUUGUUUUUUUCCCCAAGGAUUGGCCCCUUUGUGGGUUUGAUUUGAUUCCGGAGAACUGAUCGACCACUUCUGGCUGCAUUUCUCCCUUCUUGUGGGAGCGUGUGGCUAAGCUCAGAGUUCCUUUCCUUAAAGCCAGCAACGCAAGGGCACUAAGUUCCAUUCCUUGGAGGUGGCGACUUUAAGAGAAAACUCUGGAAAACCCAUUUUCUUUCUUUUCUCUGCCCCCCAUAUUGGCAUGUAUGUCUGUCUUCUCGAACACCAUAUGACCUUCUCUCUAUAAUGCUUUAAAAUGUAAUAAUAUUUAUGAUUUUUAAAAGAAGUUUAUUACCUGUUGCGAAGGUCUUUUUAAACCAGUUUAGAUUUAAAGAAAAAAUUAAGGGAAACCAUCAAAAAUUCAUUUCAUAUUAACAGUCUGAAAAUAAACCAAAGGACAUUAUGUGUGCAUAUGUGUAUAAGUGCACACAGAAAUAUAUAUAUAUAUGUAGACUGUAUACAUGUGUGUAUGUAUGUGUGUGUAUAUAUACACUUGUAUAAAUGUAGAUACACACAUAUGCCUAAAAUGUGUGUAUGUGUACUUAUUGAAAAAACUGACACCAUAUUCAUCUCUAAAAGAAUAUUCAGAGAAUAUCAAGAUGAUUCUGGCUGAAGAAAAAAGCCGGUGGAAAUUCAGGUGAAAUGUUCAUUGAUUCCCAUUGCCUCACUUCUGUAAUUUUGCAGCUUUCUGUAUAAACAUUAAAUGUCUUAUAUAGCAGCAAAAAUAUAAAAUAGUUGUCCAUAUUUUCACAGCUGUGGUAUAAUUUAUGAAAUUAGAGAGUAACUUAGCAGCUUCUUAAUAGAAAUGGCCAGUUUUGAUAUGAGGAUACAAUAUAUAAAAUAUAUAUAUAGUGCUAUAUAAAAAUAUUUGGUCUCUAUUUCAUUUUUUGCACCAGUAUUAACGCAAAAAUAUGUCUGGCUAGUGAGGUUUUUACGAUAUCCCUGAUCCUAAUGCAAGAGACAGUUAUUUAUAAUCAUUUAUUUUAAAAAAUGAAAAUAAAUGAAUUAAUCGAGUUAACAUUGUUACUCCCUGUGACAAAAUUUUAUAAGUAAAUUUAAAAAGACAUGUUGUAAAUUAGGAAACUCAACAAUAAAACAUUACCUUCCAGAAACCAUGUGGGAUGUGAUACAUAUUACUUAAAAACACUUUUAUCCAUUCCGAGAGCAGAUAAUAAAAAGUUGCCAAAGAGAGAUCUAAAAAGCCUGCUUUCACAAAUAAGCCUGAGAGAUUUAUAAUUAGCAGAUCAGUCACAUACAAAUUAUGAUCUACAGCAGCAUUUUUCAAACUCUGGUUAUAUGCCGUUAAUAAGUUGUAAAAAAUUUUUUGGGAAUCAAGACUAACGUUUUGGAAUAGAAUAAAACAGAAUAAAAUAGAAGCAAAACUGGAAUAGAAUAUAUC